GAAGAAGAAGAGGAGGAAGAGGAAGGCAUCUCUUUGAUCUUCUUUGGUCCUUGGCCGGUUUCUCUGCCCCAACCAACCCGACAAUUGUGGCCACCGUCCUCCGCGGCGCCCAAUCCCUUUCCCGGGGGGGAGGCAGAGCCAGAGCUUCUGUGCGGGGAGGGGAGAAAGGAAACUACAUCCCCCAGAAGGCACAGCGCUCCGGAGAAGCCUUUAAUAGGGCCGGCCGGGCUUAAGAUGGAGGCGAUGGUGGAGGCGAUCCGGGAUCGAGGCGGCAGAUAAGGCAUUGAACUCAAUUAAACUCCAUGCAUAACACCUGUAGCUGGAUUCAAAGUCAUGGUUCGGAAAGGUGUCUGCUGUUGUUGUGCUGCUUUACGUCCUCGCUACAAACGUCUGGUGGAUAACAUCUUCCCUGAAGAUCCAAAAGAUGGCCUCGUCAAAGCUGAUAUGGAGAAACUGACUUUUUACGCUGUUUCUGCUCCUGAGAAGUUGGAUCGAAUUGGUGCUUAUUUAGCAGAUCGAUUGAGCCGAGAUGUUGUCAGACAUCGUUAUGGAUAUGUCUUCAUUGCUAUGGAAGCUCUGGACCAACUUUUGAUGGCCUGCCAUUCUCAGAGCAUUAAGCCAUUUGUGGAAAGUUUCCUUCACAUGGUGGCUAAGCUGCUGGAGUCAGGAGAUCCAAAGCUACAGGUUCUUGGAACCAACUCAUUUGUCAAAUUUGCGAACAUUGAAGAAGACACACCUUCGUACCACCGGCGUUAUGACUUCUUUGUGUCUCGAUUCAGUGCCAUGUGCCACUCUUAUCAUGAGGAUCCUGAAAUACAAACUGAGAUCCGAAUUGCUGGAAUCAGGGGCAUUCAGGGAGUGGUCCGGAAGACUGUUAAUGACGAACUUCAAGCAACCAUAUGGGAGCCUCAGCACAUGGACAAGAUCGUUCCCUCCCUGCUUUUUAAUAUGCACAAGAUUGAAGACGUUGAUAGUCGUGGCUGCCCCCCUUCAUCCCCAUCAGGACGAGAAAAAGAGGAGAACCCAUUUGUACUGGCUGAGAACUGUUUCAGAGAGUUGCUUGGUCGAGCAACCUACGGCAACAUGAACCAUGCUGUCCGACCAGUUUUUGCACAUUUAGACCAUCACAGGCUCUGGGAUCCCAAUGAGUUUGCGGUCUCAAUUUUCAAAAUCAUCAUGUAUUCUAUACAGGCACAGUAUUCUCAUCAUGUAAUCCAGGAAAUUUUGGCACACCUGGAUGCUCGCAAAAGAGAUUUCCCCCGAGUCCGAGCAGGUAUCAUUCAAGCCCUGUUACAAGCAGUUGCGAUUGCUGCGAAGGGAUCCAUUGGCCCAACGGUCUUAGAAGUGUUCAACACCUUGCUGAAGCACCUACGUUUCAGUGUUGAUUUUGAAUUAAGUGACCGGCGCAGCUCAGUAAGCAGUGGCAGCUUUACUGCAAGCACCAAGGAAAAUGAUGAGAGAAUUGUCCAGAAUGCGAUUAUUCAAACCAUUGGAUUCUUUGGAAGCAACCUUCCAGACUACCAUCGGUCUGAAAUUAUGAUGUUCAUUAUGGGGAAAGUACCUGUUCUAGGGGCAACGUCUCAUACUCUGGACACCAGCCAACUUGGGGAUCUGGGAACCAGACGAAUUCAGAUCAUGUUGCUGAGAUCACUACUGAUGGUGACUACAGGAUACAGUGCCAAGUCCAUUGCUGCUGCUCUGCCUGCUCCUUUCCUGGACCCUUUGCUGUCCCCUUCACUCAUGGAUGACUCCGAACUACGACAACUGGUCCUUGAAAUACUGCAUAACCUUAUCGAUCGGCAUGACAACAGAGCAAAGCUCCGAGGAAUAAGAAUAAUCCCUGAUGUUUCAGAUCUAAAGAUAAAACGAGACAAAAUUUCAAGGCAAGAUGUGAAUUUCAUCAAAAAGCAUGGGCAGCAAUUGUACAGGCAUGUCUACUUAGGUUGUAAGGAGGAAGACAACAUCCUAAAGAAUUUUGAGCUGCUAUACACCACUCUGGCUCUCAUCACCAUUGAAUUAGCCAACGAAGAAGUGGUCAUUGACCUCAUCAGAGUGGCUAUUGCAUUGCAGGACAUUGCAAUCCUUAACGAGGACAACUUGCCCAUGUUUCAUCGUUGUAGCAUCAUGGCAGUAGUAGCUGCCUACCUCAAUUUUCUGAGCCAGAUGAUAGCUGUUCCUGCUUUUUGCCAGCAUGUUGGCAAGGUCAUUGAAACCAGAAAUGUAGAAGCACCCUAUUUUUUACCAGAAACCAUUUUCAGAGAGAAGAAAUGCAACCUACCCAAUUCCCUGGGAAAGGAUGAAACAAGCUUGUUUUUCCUGACCAACCAGAUGGCAGAAUCACUGGGUGGCAGUGGCUACUGUGUGGAACGGCUAUCAGUCCCUUAUGUACCUCUUGUGACAGAUGAAGAUAGACUGUCCAGGAGAAAGAGUAUUGUGGACACCUUGUCAAUUCAAGUAGACAUUCUGCCAGGCUGUAAUCUGGAUGAAAGGGCAAAUAGCACUGAAGAGAUCACAUUUGAAACACUGAAGCAGGCCAUAGACAACAAUGCGCUUGAGGAACAAGAGAAGGAAAAGAGGCGUCUAGUGAUUGAAAAAUUCCAGAAGGCUCCUUUUGAAGAAAUUGCUGCACAAUGUGAAACCAAGGCAAACUUCCUCCAUGACAGGCUGACACAGAUAUUGGAGCGCACUGUUCGGCCACCUCCUAGCCCUUCUGGAACAGUAUCAAUCACUGCUGGACAUGCCCAUUACCAGUCCAUCCCAGUCUAUGAGAUAAAAUUUCCAGAUCUUUGUGUGUACUGAGCAUCCUUCAUUUUUUAAAGGAGGAUUUAAACAUCUCUGAUACUUAUUCCACCUAAAAAGUUUUCUCCAGAUGCACUGAACUUUCAACUCCUGUAAUUCCCGAGCAUUAAACAUACCAGCUGGAAGAUUUUGUCCAGAACAUCUGGAGAAAUAAAGGUUGAACUAAGCUAAUGUGACACCCAUAGAGUAAAUUACAUUUGGUUUAGAAUUGCACUCCUGUGACUUUUUAAAGGAGGGAAAUAAUUAUUAUUUGUAAAUCAUAUUUCCCUUUUUUGCUGUAUUUUAACACUUUGUUACUUUUUGAAUUUAAUUGCAAAUGGCAUUUUUAAAAUAUCUGUAUACACAUGAGGGUUUUUUUUACAGGUCUAACAUGUAUUUUUCAAAACACUUUUCUUUCUCCAUUUCAACAAGUUUACAAAAUUGAUAAGCUCUUUGUGUUCACAUAGAAUAGGCCUUCUCUUAGUAAAUGUAAAGUGUGACUCUCUUUGUGACCAAAACUGUAAAGUUAUGUACACAUAACUAGAAUAAGCCCCAUUGCAUUUAAUGAGAAUUACUGCAUAUACUUGAGUCUAAGCUGAUAAAGCCCCACUCAGCUUAUAUUCGAGUGAGGGUCCUGGCCAGCUUAUAUUUGGUUUGUCUUAUACUCGAACAUAUAGGUAAUUAGAGUUGGACAAUCUUAUCUUAUUAAAGUAAUUAUUAUGUUAAAUUAGAGUUUUAUGUAAUUAUUCAAAAACAUUUAACCUACUGAUGCCUCAAUUAAUGUAAUUUUAUUGGUAUCUAUUUUUAUUUUUGAAAUUUACCAGUAGCUACUGCAUUUCUCACCUUCAUCUUAUACUUGAGUCAAUACAUUUUCCCAGUUUUUGUGGUAAAAUUAGGUGUCUCGGCUUAUAUUCGGGUCAGCUUAUACUUGAGUAUAUACGGUACUUCCAAGAAUACAUGCACAGGGCUAGACUGUUAAAGGCCGAUGACCGAUAACAGUCUGGAUUGAAUCUCCUGAUCCUUCCCAAAGAAUCUUGAGAUGUUUGGUUUUGUCUUAUAAGAUUUGAGAUUUCAAUGUUCAUCAAUAGGAGUAUAGUGUCUAGAUCCAGGGAAGUCAUGCUCCCCCUCUAUUCUGCCUUGAUCAGACCAUACCUAGAAUAUUGUGUCCAAUUCUGGGCACCAUAAUUGAAGGGAGAUGUUGACAAGCUGGAAAGCGUCCAGAGGAGGGCAACUAAAAUGAUCAAGGGUCUGGAGAACAAGCCCUAUGAGGAGUGGCUUAAAGAACUAGGAAUGUAUAGCCUGCAGAAGAGAAGCCUGAGAGGAGACAUGAUAGCUAUGUAUAAAUAUGUGAGGGGAAGUCAUAGGGAGGAGGGAGCAAGCUUGUUUUCUGCUGCCCUGCAGACUAGGACACGGAACAAUGGCUUCAAACUACAGGAAAGGAGAUUCCACCUGAACAUCAGGAAGAACUUCUUAACUGUGAGAGCUGUUCAGCAGUGGAACUCUCUGCCCUGGAGUGUAGUGGAGGCUCCUUCUUUGAAGGCUUUUAAGCAGAGGUUGGAUGGCCAUCUGUCGGGGGUGCUUUGAAUGCGAUUUCCUGCUUCUUGGCAGUGGGUUGGACUGGAUGGCCCAUGAGGUCUCUUCCAACUCUACUGUUCUAUGAUUCUAUGAUUCUAUGAAAUGCUGCACCCAGGAUUUCUUCAUUAAGAAGAACCUAAAUUGUUUAGAAAGAAUUCUUUUGCUAACUGAAAUAGAAAAAAAGGUAUGCACAGAUAAGGGGGUAUGUAUAAGCGUUUUCCUUGGUUGAAAACUUAAUGUAAGAGCAAAGAUUUUGCAUUCAGUUCAUAAGAGCUUGCACAAGUUCCUUUUCUGAACUACAGCUCUUACCUUCAGUGGCCAUACUAUCUGUGGGAUUCUAGCCACUGUACUCUAAAAACACAUUUUUUCUAGCCAAUACUGGUUUUCAAACCAGGAUUGAAUUCAGAUCACACUUUCUUCUCCUUAUAAUUUUGUUUUUAAAAUGCCGCAGUUUUGUAAACUAACAGAUGGUCUCUUCCUGGGUGGUGGUUCCACUUAAGAAGAUCCAUGUCCGCCUGGAUGAAGGACCAUGAUGACGAUCAUAAUUAUGUAACUAUAUUUAUGCAUAUUAUCUUGAGCUACCCAAGACAUUUCGAUUGCACUAUUCCACAUAAUGAUUUGGAAACCCAUUAAAAAGUGUCUUAUCUAAUGGGAAGAGGGUAACAAAAUGUGCUGUAUUUCCUGCCAAAGGUCAAAAGCUGUGAAGCAGAGCCCCAGACAUGUGUGGGACUCUGUUGUUGAUGUGCCAUGCUUGGCUCCAUGCUUGAAUGGAGCACCUUUUCCUGCCAUUGCUGGGACUUCUAAAUAAUAGAAGUCCUCUCUUUGUUUCCAGAGCCGCAUCUCUCGAGAGGCAGAGAGCUUCUGUUGGAAGCUCUCAAAGGUGCAAUAUUUUUUCAUGUCUAAAGAAAUAUAGUUUCAUACAGACUGGAUUUCAAGAAAGCAGAUUAUUUUGUCAACGCUGGGGAAAUUAAUAGGAAAGAUAUAUAUAUUUGAUAUGGCAAGAAUAAAGGAACAAUUACUGAUAAAUGCUAAACCGUGAAACUGAAGAAGCAAAGGUUGCAUUGUGUGAAGUCUCUUUCUUUGUAUUAAUGAGCGUUCUUCAAACCUAUGUGAUGAAUAAGACCUUUUGACAAUAUAUAUAUGUGUGUGUGUGUUAAGAUGCUAUGACCCACAUAUGUUAAGGACCUUGUGGUUUGUAUGUAUUUUACUGUGUUUAAUGGCUAAACUGAAGUUCAUAUAUUUGGUAUAAAUGUUAGGAUAUAAUCCUUUCUUAAUGUUGUGUUGCAAAGUGUUGUAUAAAAAUGUGCAAACGAUUAGGAAUGUUGUUAUCCUUGCUGUCCUGUAGGUAAAACAGAGGAGUUGUUGUAGUGCAAAGACCUGACUUGUAAGACUUUAAGCUUGGAUCCAAAGAGCCCAGUGGAUGUACUCAAAGCUGUCCUCCUCCAACACUGGCCCCUUCCAGUGUGUUGGAAAGUAACUUUCCACACAUUUGGAGGGUCUCAGGUUGGAGCCAAAUGACCCAAAAGAUGUGCACAUUGUUCCCCCUUUCAGCUGCAACUCCUUGUAUUUCACUAGAUGGUUGUCCCCAAGGCCUGCAAAUAUUAGACAUGCAAGAAUUUCAUGGAGAGCCUGGAAGGACCCUAAACAGAUUCAUACAAAGCCUUUGGAUCCUGAGCUCCAUCCUGCAAGAUUGUUCUUUGGAUAAUUCAUCCUAAUGAACUAACUGUGACCUCCCCCCUUGAAGUAGCAGUAGAUCGCAUGUUGAGAUGAAGACAUUGCAUUAAUCUAUUUUAAAGGGAAUAUACGUUGUUAUUAUUAGGAUAGCACAUACCCAUUUUCCUUGCUAUUGGUAAUUAAUCUGAUUGGUUAUCUUAGACUUUCCUUCUAGAAUGAACUCAUUUCUUGGGUAAUUGCUUCCAAGAGGCUGAAUAAUUUUCUGGUACAUUUUAACCUGUAAAGAUAUUUAAAAUGUUGCCAUUUGUUAGAUCACAGAGCUUGGAAUAGUAUAUUUUUCCAACUACACUUCUGGCCCUUUCAGUAAGCAUAACCAGUAGCCCUGCUGGAUGGGGCAUUCUCUGUGUUGUAGUCUAAAGAGUAACCUUUUCCAGCUGUAAUCCUGACUACUACCCCAUUCCUACAGCACCAUAAAUAAAUUCAUUGUAUACACUUUUAAAAUGUUUCCUGAGGAUCAAUAGGACCAAGCAAGAAUCAUUUGAGUCUGCACUCAGAGCAUUCCCUGUGUUUGGUCCACAAUCUGCCUGAAGGACCCGACAACACACUUUGGUUCCCAUUAUAUUAAGACAUCUCUUCAAUUAAUGACCCCGUUCCAACUUUUCUUGGCCUGUUUAAGUACCAUCUACAUAAAACCCAUCUACACACACAUAGGAAAGUUGGCCUCUAACCCAUGGUCCAGUAUGUCUUCAUGUACAAUAGUUUUCAAGGUGUCAUUUCAGCAAGAUAUUCUGUGGGCAAGGCAAAUCAAAAUAUUGUGCACCUGGAUGGUGUUUAUUUUAAAAGCCACUACACUGUGGACAUCAUUGGAUUACUUCUCAAGCAUGGUUGCUAUCACUGUUGUUUUUGUGCCAAGCUCUCUUACCACAAAUGGGAUUUGCACAAACACUCUUGUACAUCUUCUAUUUGUACACUUAUGGUAUAAGUAGGAGAACUUCAUAGGAUGACUACACUACCUGCUUUUUACACACAAGGAAAUAGCCUGGACAUUUUUCAUGAAGAAUUGCAUCCAAAUGAGGCCAACUGAUACUAGUUUGUUCAUAAAUCUGCACUUUUGAACACCUCUGUUUGGUUUUUAUGGGACACUUCCCUUUUCUUACAUACUUUGGGAUUCAGAAUUCUUUGGCCAUACACAAAUGUCUCUAAAUUAUUUUCAUUCACACGUGUUCUUGACAUUUGCCAACAGGGUUCUUUCUUGGUAUCACUCAAGAACAAAAUCCUAAGAAAUUGAUGCACCAUAUAGUUCCUUGCCUAUUAGUUGUACCUCAAAUAUGAAAACAGGACUCCUGCGUAGUGUAUAUGUAGUCUUGCUUUUCACUGACAAUCAUUUCUGUAGCUUCGUUAUCCUUAGAGAAAAUUAUUGUAGUGUAAAUGGAAAAGUGCAGUUAUCUUCAUGCGUUGAAAUCAAUCAAUUAUAUAGAGUAAAACUAAUGUUAGUUGAUUACUUUCCUGUUCACGUUAUCUUGGCUUUACCUAAUGGCUGGUUUUUAUUCAAUGUAGCAAUGUGAUUCUGUAAUGUUCUGUAUUCAGGAAAAUAAAAGGGAAAUGAAGAUUCUGCAAUUGUA